CUCCUCCUCAGGAGUGAGAUAUGAAAGUGAACCCAUCUUAUCAGGAUCCAUUUUGUGUUGUAAGGACAUAAACAACAUUCAGAGAGAAAAACACAGUCAUUACUGUGUAUUAACUGUUGAGAGAUUUCUGAGAUGAUACAAAACUCACUGUGCUUCAGUAUCUGCAUCUGCUUUUAGAUGAAAGCAUGAACUUCACAAUGAAUCUCUCUGAAGGACACACAGACACAAAAACAAACCAGAGUCAAUCAGUUUUACCUGAACACAGUAAUGUUUCUCUGAUGAGAAGUCAAACAAUGAAUCCUCAACAUGAGGAAAACUCUUCUGCUGAGCUCAGUUUGUGUCAGAAAGAAUCGUCUGAACCCAGCUGUGUGUCCAUGAAGAGUGAUGUGUCAUUGCCUCAUCCAAUAAAUUUCCGUUUGGGAGACUUUUCUGCUGAUCUGAGUAAAGAAAGAGAUCAAACUGAAUCACAGAUUAAAAAGGAGAGUCUGGACUCUAUUUUAAAGGAAGUUGAGCAGAAAAUCAUCUCUGUAAUGAAGAAAGAGUUGAACAGUUUUAAGAGACUGUUGAGUCCAGAUUACCCAGAAUGCACUGAGACAGAGGAGGAUGAUGAUAAAAGUCAUAUCAGAGUCAGAGAGGCGUUUCUGAAGAUCACACUGCACAUCCUGAGGAAGAUGAACCAGAAAAACCUUGCAAACACAUUACAGACCAGACUGAUGCCUGUUUAUCAACAAAAACACAAAUCCAGACUAAAGGAGAAAUAUCUGAGAGUUAAUGAAGGGAUCUUCAGACACGGUGACUCAACAGAUUUAAAUGAGAUCUACACAGAGCUUUACAUCACAGAGGGAGGGAGUGGAGAGAUCAAUAAUGAACAUGAGGUGAGACAGAUCGAGACAUCGUCCAGAAGAUCAGAGACACAGGAGAGACAAAUCAAAUGUAAAGACAUCUUUAAAGCUUUACCUGGACAACACAAACACAUCAGAAGUGUGCUGACUAAAGGAGUCGCUGGAAUUGGAAAAACCGUCUCUGUACAGAAGUUCAUUCUGGACUGGAGUGAAGGAAAAGAAAAUCAGGACGUUCACUUCAUAUUUCCACUUCCUUUCAGAGAACUGAAUUUGAUCAAGAAGAAUCUGAGUCUUAUGGAUCUUGUCAAUCACUUUUACAUUGAAACCAAAAAACUGACAUCAACAGAUUAUGAUGACUAUAAAGUCAUGUUUAUAUUUGAUGGGCUGGAUGAAUGUCGACUACAUCUAAAUUUUCACAACAAUCUGAGUUUAUCCGAUGUAAGAGAAUCGGCUUCAGUUGAUGUGCUGCUGACAAACCUCAUCAAAGGAAAUCUGCUUCCUUCUGCUCUGAUCUGGAUAACCUCACGACCAGCAGCAGCCAAUCAGAUUCCUCCUGAAUGUGUCGAUCAAAUCACAGAGGUACGAGGAUUCAAUGACCCACAGAAAGAAGAAUAUUUCAGGAAGAGAAUAAAUGAUCAGAGUCUGUCUGAUAAAAUCAUCACACACAUCCGAUCAUCAAGAAGUUUGUACAUCAUGUGUCACAUCCCAGUCUUCUGUUGGAUUACAGCCACUGUUCUAGAGAGAAUGUUGAGUGAAGCAGAGACUGAAGAGAUCCCCAAGACUCUUACACAAAUGUUCACACACUUUCUGAUCUUUCAGACCAAACUAAAGAGUCAAAAGUAUGAUGGGAAAUAUAAAAUAAAUCCUGGUCAGGCUAGAAAGAGCAUUUUCUCAUUAGGAAAGUUGGCUUAUGAGCAGCUGGAGAAAGGGAAUCUGAUCUUCUAUGAGGAGGAUCUGAGAGAUUGUGGCAUUGAUGUGAAAGAAGUGUCCGUGUAUUCAGGAGUUUGUACUCAGAUCUUCAGAGAGGAGCCUGGACUUCAUCUGGGGAAAGUGUUCAGCUUUAUACAUCUGAGCAUUCAGGAGUUUCUAGCUGCUUUAUUUAAGAUGAUUUCAUUUUCUAAACAAAAUACAGGACUCAGUAAUGUGUUCAGGUCAACUAUGACUGAUUCACUGAAGCAAGAAGUGGACAAGGCCUUACAGAGUGAGAACGGACACUGGGAUCUUUUCCUUCGAUUUCUUCUGGGUCUCACACUGAAGUCAAAUCAAACUCUCUUACAAGACCUCAUGAGAAAGACAGUAAACAGCUCUCACAGCAGUCAGGAAACAGUUGCUUACAUUAAAGAGAAGAUCAAAGAGAAUCAAUCUCCAGAGAAAUCCAUCAAUCUGUUUCACUGUCUGAAUGAACUGAAUGAUCAAUCUCUAGUGCAGGAAGUCCAAACAUUCGUGAACAGAACCGGUGUCAGUAAUCUCUCUGGAGUCAAACUGUCUCCUGCUCAGUGGUCGGCUCUUGUGUUUGUGUUACUGACCUCAGAAAAGGAGCUGGAUGAGUUCAUACUGGAAAAAUAUCAUCCAUCAGAAAAAUGUCUAUUGAGACUCCUGCCAGUGGUCAAAGCAUCCAGAAAAGCUAAGCUGAAUAACUGCAGUAUUACAGAUAAAGGUUGUGUUGCUUUGGCUUCAGCUCUGAGAUCAAACCCCUCACAUCUGAGAGUUCUGGAUCUGAACUUUAAUAAACCAGGAAAUUCAGGAGUGAAGCUGCUCUCUGAUGUACUGAAGGAUUCACGCUGUAAACUGGAGACACUACAGCUGUGGAGCUGCAGUAUUACAGAUGAAGGUUUUGUUGCUUUGGCUUCAGCUCUGAGAUCAAACCCCUCACAUCUGAGAGAUCUGAAUCUGAGCUGUAAUCAUCCAGGAGAUUCAGGAGUGAAGCUGCUCUCUGAUGUACUGAAGGAUUCACGCUGUAAACUGGAGAAACUACAGUUGAAUGACUGCAGUAUUACAGAUGAAGGUUUUGUUGCUUUGGCUUCAGCUCUGAGAUCAAACCCCUCACAUCUGAGAGAUCUGAAUCUGAGCUGUAAUAAACCAGGACAUUCAGGAGUGAAGCUGCUUUCUGAUGUACUGAAGGAUUCACGCUGUAAACUGGAGAAACUACAGCUGUGGGACUGCAGUAUUACAGAUGAAGGUUUUGUUGCUUUGGCUUCAGCUCUGAGAUCAAACCCCUCACAUCUGAGAGAUCUGGAUCUGAGCUUAAAUAAUCCAGGAGAUUCAGGAGUGAAGCUGCUCUCUGAUGUACUGAAGGAUUCACGCUGUAAACUGGAGAAACUACAGCUUUCCAGUUGUGAUAUUACAGAUGAAGGUUGUGUUGCAUUGGCUUCAGCUCUGAGAUCAAACCUCUCACAUAUCAGAUAUCUGAAUCUGAGGAAAAAUAAACCAGGAGAUUCAGGAGUGAAGCUGCUCUCUGAUCUAAAAAUGGAUCCAAAUUGUAAUCUGGACAUAUUAUAUAUUUGACUUCUAACAGUCAGACACUCACUGAUGAAAACUUCAAGACCUUCAGCUGGUGAAUCAAAAUAUCUGUUGUGUGUCCUGAACAACACGAUCAGCUGAACAAACACAUUUAUAUAAAGGCGCUCUAAGCGAAUCUGUGUGACGUCACUUUUUGUUGAUGUUUGAACUGUUUUCAAACAAAUGGGGGUAGCUAACUCCUCACCCUCCCUUCCGUGCUUUCAUGAACGUGCCCAACUCCCACCCCCAAAUCCUU